AUGGUACUCAAUCUACUGGCAAAGCACGGCUUCCGCGGCACAUUUCGUGUGUUGUUCUCGCCCGAGACCUCGGUUGAGGAGCAGUCUAGCAGAUCACGACUACAGUUCGUGUAUGCACGGAAACGAGACAGUGGCGGGAAAAAAGGACGUAUUGGUGUCUACCAAAUGAUACAGGACAUGAGGGACAUACGUGGUAGGCGAAGAAUAUACGUCAAUAUCGAAGAGAACCCAGACCAUAAUGGUGUUGAUUUCUGUGCGAGAUUCGUCGGCAUUCAGCAAUCCCUUGAGUAUAAACAAUGGCCAUCUACGCGGUCGACAGGAAGAAAGGAAGCUCAACAGAAGAGAAAAGUCAACCAGGCCAAAAGCCGAAACCAUGCAGAACGGCACCGAAAGAAGGUGUUCACAGCAACGUCGAUUGGGCCUAAGUGUUCAGAAACGUCACCCCUGUUCCACAGACUCUCUCGCGCAUCGUUGGCAGGACCCGCACCUGGCAAACAUGACAAGAAUGUACCCGACAAGAGUAGUAUCCGGAUUGUAAACCAAGGAAGGCUCGUUGAACAAAGGGAUAACCCAUCCACACCAUUGAACCCACCAAACAGCCCCUUCGUACAGCCGAUGCUGACACAGCAACAAUCUGCCACACUGGUCUUUGGACAGGAAUUUCGGGCAAACCGUCGAGCAGCGGGUGAUUCGAUUGAGCUCAAUUCUGCGUCUAUGGGUUCCAAUGUUGGUCAAGGCUCUCAGACUGUGGGGGAAGAUAUUGUUGUACACGCCGCGACAUCAGGAUCGGAACCUACCGGUAUGGCCGGGCCUCAAGACUCUUCUUCGCAAGUUUCGGGUGGCUUGAUUGAUUCUGGGACUGAUGAGAGCCUACCUAUCACUUCCAAGUUCACAUACCCUUCACAAGCACCGUCUGCGAAUAUUUUCGCCAGGUCUAGGACCUCGCGGCAUGUCAAUCGGCCAGCAAGCUAUAAAAUCAAUCGACCGCGAAUGUUUGGUACUUUGAUGUCACCACCUUCGCCACAGACUGGGCUCAGAGUGUCUGAAGCCUCACGCCAUCUUCUAUCGAACAGGCACAGUCGUUUGAAAGGGAAAGCGGACUCGGAGAUGGCACUGUAUGCACUGGCAAAGCGAUAG